AUGAGAGUACCGGUGCUUACGCCCACUUCUGCGCCCACACUGAGCCCGCUCGGGCACCCGCCGAGAUCGCAGCGUCGCACGACCACCCGCCUGCACGACCGCGCGCCUACACGCCCUGCUGCACGUGCGUGUGAUGCGCCCGCCGGGCCCGAGCGCGAGUAG